AUGACACACUAUUCAGUUUAUUUGAUUUAUUGUUAUUUUUAUUAAUUAAAAAACAUUUCAAAUCAGUUAUUUGCAUACUUUUAAAUCAAAAAAAAUAAAAGAAUAAGUCUAUUAAUUGCUCCUGGAAUUUUGAACGUGCUUAGCAAUAUGAUCAGAAAUGAAUAAUGUUUAUAAAUUAUUUUAUAAAAAAGGUAGAAGCAAAAAAAGAAGAAAAUAGUUCUAAAACAUUCUUUGUUUGAUUAGACCAUGAGAAUUAAAAUGUUGGAAUAGCUUUGAUUAAGUUUUUGGUAUAAUUGUAAAAAUACAUAAUUAAUUUAGGGAAUAAUUUAUUAAAGGAUAUUUGUAAGAUGAAUUGAGAAUGAAAUAUAUAUUUAAUAAAAUGAUCUAAACCUUAUAAAUGUGUAAUAAUUGA